ACGAUGGAGGAAUAUCAUUAUCCCAUCAUUGUAGAGGGAGACUGGGGGCCUGCAAAAAAUCUGAAAAAUAAACUUCAGAUUCAUUUUCAGAGUAAGAAAAAAUCUCAGGGAGGAGACUGCAUCAUGCAAUAUAAUGACGGGAGCAACUCUGCUACAAUUCUUUUCAAAUCAUCUCACAUCAGAGAUAGCGUGCUCUCAAAGGCAGAACACAUUAUUACCAUUGACAAUCAACAAAUCAAGUUGAAAGUGUACAAACCCAGCGAUGUAGAGAAACAGGCAGACCGCACUGGACCAAAAACAGAACAGGCAUGUGGAUAUCAGGAACCAAAUCAAAGUGAACCAAGUGUCAUGGUCCUGGAGAACCUUCCAGAUGAUUUUAAUCAAGAUGUUUUGACUCUUUUGGUGGAGGACAUCAGCAGACUUCCUGAUUAUGACUUUAGCAUGGAAUUAAUACCAGAAUUAAGAAAAGCUGUUGUGACUUUUAAAAAUCCCAAUGCUGCAGAAAAGUUUCUUGAGGAGAGCAGGACACAUGAAAAGUUCAAGCAGUAUAAUCUGAGGGCCUGUGCACUGGAGAGAAGCACAUGUGUGCGGGUGGAGAAUCUUCCAGCUGAGGCCAACAACAGCAAGAUGCUGCUGGAACUGUAUUUUGAGAAAUGGGGUGGUCCAGUAGAGGAAGUUAUCACAAUUCCAUCAGAGCAAGCAGCCAUUAUCAUCUUUAAGGAGGAAGAAGCCAAAGAGAGAGUUUUGAAGCAAGAGAAUAACAUCUGUGAUGUUCCAGUCAAGAUAUAUCCCUACUUUAAAUCACUGGAUACAAUCUUGUAUGGUGGCAACAGGACACAUUUGAAGCGGCCAGGUCUUGUGGAAAGAGAGAAGAACAGUGUGAAAGAGUAUAUGGAGAUUUCUCCUGCCUUGUACUCUCUGCUUGAACAGGAUGGCCUAAAAAGUGCUGUUUCUCCACAACUGUGCAUUGACUACAACAAAAAAAUGAACAGAUUAGUUUUAUCAGGGCUUCAUACAGAAAUUCUUGCCAUCAAAAAUUGGGUCCUUGAGAAGAAAGUAAAUAUGAAACAGAAGCACUUACAGAUUGAUCGUUCCAUCCUGGAGUUCCUGAGAUCAGUGGAUUGUGAUGAAAUGUCCAGAGAUCUCUUCAUAUCUCAUGGAAUAACUGCUGUCUACACAAUAGAAAAUGGAGAUGUUGUUGUGACUGGAAGCACAGAAAGAGCACUUAAUGAGGCAGAGAAGAUGAUAAAUACAGUUCUUACAACCAAACACCUCAUUGUAGAAGAUCAAUGUGUCCUUCAAAUGCCAGAGUGGCAUGAUCUCAAAGAAUUAUUGCUAGAAUUAUUCAAUACUUCCAAAAAGACAUCUGUGUUUAUAAGCCUAUCUAAACAGAGAGACAAAAUAAUAGUGACUGGAUUCAGAGAACCAGUGUUGGAAGUCAGUGAGAACUUUGGAUAUUUCACUGAAAAACACACUAGAAUUGAAGAAACUGUUCAUGUUAAAUCACAUGCAGUGGUUACAUUCUUAAAAGACAGAAAAUCACAACACUGGCAGCAUUUUAUUAAGUCUAAUGAGGUGAAAGUGAAUUUUCAUUCAAAGAGACCCUGGAUCAAACUGUCCGGAGAGUGUACAUUUGUUCAGCCAGCUAUGAUUUUCUUUAAAAAGUUGGCAGAUGGUCUUUACACAGACACGCUGAUCUUACGAAAGUCAGGAGCGAAAAAGUACUUCAAAGAUCAGGGUAAAAUGAUGCUCUCAAUGUUGUUGAAGGAAAAAAGAUUUGUGGUGGUUCUGCAGGAUGAUGACAUGCUGGAAGAGGAGGGCAAUUUUUUUCAUGGGACUCUUGGUAGAAUCUCCACUUCUUCUCCUGGUAUGCAUGCUAUGCAAGUACAUGGAUUGAACCAAAACAAGUUCAGAAGUUUCGACACAUUUUGGCAGGGGAAAAUUUUGGUUGGUGAAGAAAUUGAGCCAGCUGUGUUUCAACUGUGUGGAGAGACACAAGAGGAUCUGAGUGAAGCCAAGGACAUGAUCAGCAGUUUGAUAUUACAGGAGCAUGUGACCAUCCCAAUCCCUGAUCCAGCCAUUACUCAUUUCACCAGUAAGGAUGCAGAAACACUGAAUGUCAUGCAGAGGGAGCUCACAGUCAGUGUCUGGCUUGAGAAGAAAGGUCAAGACUCUGUCAUCACACUGGAGGGUCUGACAAGAGACGUUCACACUGCAGAGAAUCAUAUUCAAGACAUGAUUAGAAAGGUGAAAAGAAAGGAAAAACGCGAGGCAUUUUUCAUUAGCAGUAUGGUUCAGCACCUAUAUCAGAAGAAUAGACACAGUGCCAAAAACUUUGAAAUGUUGACCAGUUAUGAGCUGGAACAGUCCUAUUAUAAGAGACAACCUACAGUGAGAAUGAAGAUUAACAAUGAUGAAUAUGAGGCUGAUUUUGUUCGCAAAGAGGCCACAAGACGGAGACUGGGGAUUGAACUAAAUAGUAUAGAUCUGAAAGUUGGAGCUCAAAGCCCUUUGCCUUCACACUGGGAGGACAUGAAAGGACAGCCAGUUGUUCUUGUAAAACUCACUGCAGGCUCAAAGGAAUAUGCAGAUGUGGAGAAAGAGUUCAGGAGAACCAAUCUAAAUUCGAACAUCAUUAAAAUUGAAAGAGUCCAGAACAGUGCACUUUGGAGAAACUACAUGAUCAAAAAGGAGGAACUGGAAGUUAAAAACAAGCAUAAAAACAACGAAAAGCUUCUCUUCCAUGGAACUGCCCCUGAUAAGACUGAUCAGAUCAACCAUCACGGCUUCAAUCGCAGUUUCGCUGGCAUGCAUGGAGCCAUGUAUGGGAAUGGUACGUAUUUUGCUGUGGACCCACGUUACUCAGCCCAACGCUACUCUAAAUGUGAUGCCAAUGGACACAAAUGCAUGUACCUUGCCAGGGUGCUUGUUGGUGAUUACACUCAAGGAAAACAAGGUCUUCCUGUUCCCCCUGCGAAGAGCUCCAAGAGUGUUGAUCUCUAUAACAGUGUGACUGAUAAUAUGAACAACCCAACCAUGUUUGUGAUCUUCAAUGAUGUACAGGCUUACCCAGAAUACCUACUCACCUUCCAGCAGGGCAGGGCUGGGGCUAAUAUUCAUCCCAGGAAAAAUCCGUUCCAUCCAGCUUAUAAUUUCUUGUGGUGAAUUUUCAUUUUUGGGUCAAUUAUCCUUUAAAUAUAACAUUUGUAAAAGGUUAUCACCUAAUUUAUGUAAGACACUAAGACUGAAAUUUCAUCAGGCUCUUACAGAAUUAACAUUUUCAAUAAAAUUACAAUUAUUUGAAAAAAUAAAAUAAAAUCUGAACACAUGUAGAAACUACAGUAAGAAAACAACCUCUAUAAAGUGAUAUAUAUUCCCAAAUAUUUAAUAUAGGUAUAAUAAUAGCAACAUGUACAGUAUAUACAUGUAUCUCCCCUGUUUUGCAUAACUCGACCGGCCCACCAGUAAAGUUCCGGCACUCCUGAUGGCCAGUACAUGCCUGGCUUCCAGUAAUGUUUAUGAUAACUCAGUUUCUGUCAGCUAAAUUACUGUCAGUAAAUUACUAGGUGAAAACUUUACUGGCUGAACUCAGGAAAAAAAAGAAAAAAAGGAAACAGCCCUUUUUUCAGGAAACUGUAUGUUAAAGAUAAUUUUGUAAAAUCUUGUCUUGGUGGAAAGAGUGGUGAAUCAUCUCACAGCAAGAACUGGCAAAUCUGGUGCAGUCUAUGAGGAUGAGGUGCUCUUCAUUCUGGGAUUCAUUAUUCCAUUUCUGUUUGUUAAACAUCUGUGGAACUUGUUCAGUGUAUGUCUCAGAUGUUUCAUUUUUUGUAUUAAUGAUAUUUUAUACAAAAUAUUUACACAAAUGUUUACAAUUGUCAAGAGAUUUGCUUACAAUAAAAGAAGUUAAAAGUGAGAGAACAUUCUUUCUUU